AUGAAAAUGAGAUUCCUUGGUUAUGGCGUAUGGCUCUCGCUCAUUUUGUAUCUUACCAGUGAGUUUCCGAUCGUCCGCCGAUCGAAAAUGUAUUGAAAAGCAGGUGUAAACGCGGGAGGCCUGUUCAAUUUCCGAUACGAAGCCCUCGAGAACUUCAACGGCGCGCGGAGACUGCUUGGAUCGGGUCAGCUGACCACCAUGAUAAGUGUCAUCAAUAAAGCUCCGAUUGGAUCCAAGCUCAAACUGCCGGACAUUGGGCCCGCAGCGAAUAUGUACAAAUUGGUAGGCCGAACUGAACAGUGUUUGUGUAGAAAUCAAUAACCUUUCAGAAAUGGAGUCGAAAGUUGGAGCAAGAAGCGUUUUUGUACAUGAAAGAGCAGAGUAUGAUUCCCGAGAAAGGCGUGUUCAAGUCUUUCGAGCACAACGGAUACAUAGCUUUCACGUGGCCCGGAGAGCUAAUGGCGAUCGUUGAGAAGCUGUUGGGAGCGAUUCCGAUCAAACAAGUUGUGGAGGCCCUCAAAGCGGUUAUGAACGCGGUACGACUCAUUUUGAGUGUCAUUCUCAAGACUGCACUUGCAUAGUUGUCAAAAUCUUGCAUUUCAAAUAGUGUUUUUGGCGAUUUUCCUUUCGAUCGGCACGGUCUCCAGAGCUUACAAUGGAGGCAAGUGCGCCCCGCCCAAUAGAGCGAUACAUUGGCGCGAAAUUCAAAUUUUAACAGCAAAAUUAGUGUUUUUUGCCAGAUUAGCCACGAAAAACCGAUAAUUUCUUAUUUUUCUCUCGAUAGACCGAUUGUAUAGGCUAUUACGAACUUUCUUAAGCGCAAGAGCGUUAAAUUUGGUCAAGUCGCAAAUCACAUUUAUCCGUUUGAAGGUUUUUGGCUAAAACUGCGUGAAUUCCAGUUGCUUUUCGGUAAUUUUCGCGGUUCGAGCGCUCAAAAUGCUUGUAUUUACGUGAUUUAUCAUUCUCAAAACCAAUUGUGUCUGAAAACGGUCAAGAAAGCGCAAAAUGAGAAGUGCUGUUUUUAGGCGGCGAAGGCGAAAAAGCGAAAAAUGCGAAAAAUGCGCCAAAACGUCAUUAAUUCUGAGAAUUAGUGUGUUUUCAUGUCGAACAAUCAUUUUUUAUCGCCUUUGGCCGAAAAAAUCGGAAAAAACCUGCUCAAUUCAUGAAAACGCCAUUUGGCCGAGGCCACGCUCAUAUUGUCAGCUCUGGAGACUGUGAUCGGCCAAAAAAUCAAUAAAAAAGUGAAAAGGCAGGAUCAAAACCGUAAAGUCACAAGUAUGUCUCUUCAGCUCAACCAGCUGCUGAUGGCUCUGCUCUUGGCGUGGAACUAUCCGAAAACGCUUCCGGUCGCUGAUGACGUCAACUUGGGCGCCACCGAGGCUCUCUUCGCGCAUCGCUUCGAAAUCGGCUGCUACGCCGACAUUCUCUAUUCGACGUGUUUGAUGAGCAAGUCAGUUGGCGGACUAGCUUAUUUUAAACCAUCUUUCGUAAUUUUUUUUCGUAGAAGUCGUGCUGAUGGAUAUCUGUACAAGCGGGGAGUUCCGUGCUCCGAGUGUCCGACGCAUUGCGAGUUUUUCGAGCAUUCCGAUGGAUUUGUGGAGGAGGGAGACCUUUGUGAGCCGCCCACGCAUUCCGAAGUCGAAAAGUCUGGAAAAGCGUUUCACGGAUCGCCUAUUCUCAUUUUCGUGUUUAGUUUGCUUGUGGCAAUGAAAUAAACUCAAUUUUUUCCAAUUUUAGUCAUAGACGCGGCCGCGGACUAGAAAAAUCUGCGGCCACACUUUUCUCCCUUUUUUCCCACACAUAUUUUUCAUCAAAAUGCGCGUUUUGUGCUCUUCCCCAUCAAACUUUAUUUCACCGCUAAAAAUACUGAAUUUUUAGCUUUUCUGUCAAAAAAAUUGACGAAACUCAAAGCUUCACACUUUUCUCUUAUAAUUUCUCUAUAAUCGGGGGCCGUUGUAUUAAAAAACAUGCAAUGAACACAUAAUAUGGCCGCCCGACAGCAGUGAGAGAUCAUUUUCGCAGCGGAGACGCAGACGGCGAGAACAGUUUCCGUGUUUCAUUCGCAUUUUCGAUAAAAUCUGAAAUCUGAAGUGAAUUUUACCAUUUUUAUUCAAAAUCCAUUUUCCGGUAUUGAAAAAUUCUGUCAAUACCCUUGGCGGCCUAGAAAACUCCAGUCGCGCGGCCGUGGCCUAGGAUUCGCUGCGCACACUUUUCUUCGCGCACACCGAAUUUUUAUUCACGUUUUUCGGCGAUUGUCCGUCUUUCUCGCGAAAAUGCGCUGUAUUUGUCGUAGAAAUUCACAGAAGUCGAUAAUUCCCAACUGAAAAUUUGCAAUUUUCCACGAUAUUAUCAAUCAUUCCAGGCAAUUUUUAAACUUUUGCAGCAAAAAUGAGUGAAGAACUUGGCAGAGGCCGUAGAAAUAAAGGAAAUCGACUGCGCGAAAUAGUGCAAGCCGAAUUGGCGGCGAAAAAUUGGAAUUCGGACGAAGAAGACGAACAAAGCGAGGAUAUUGAUUUUACGAGAAAAAGUAAAUUUUUGAAAAUUGUUAUGUAGACUUUCUAGAAAAAGCAUUUUUUUUUUAAAGUUCGACAAAAUUCCACUGGAGCGUACUUGCAUACGCUAACAUCCGAAAGUGUUUGACUUUCGACCAUUGUACAAUCUCAUAUUCACAUUGUUCCAGAGUCUCGUCGCUCCAAGCCAACACCGCACAGAAUUGGCGGGAAAUUCGCGAGAAUCGAGCCGAAAAUCGAGGAAAUCGAGGAAAUCGAAGAGCAGAAACCGACGGCGCUGCUGAACAAUGACGAGCCGCUCUCGACGAUUCUCAAAAACCCGCCGGUCAGCGAACAUUUCACAAAAGAGGAGAGCCUCGCGGUCGUCCGAUUCGUUUUGGACGAAAUCCGCAGCAAGACGGAGGGACGCGAGGGACGCGUGGCAAAACGAAGGGCGCAGCCGAAAUCGAUGCAGUUUUGGGCCCGGUUUGCACGCCAAUACGAACACGCCCGACGCAAACCCGUCGCCUAUUCCGAACAGUUCGUUGUUUACCUUUUUUGCUCGAAGAAUUUUAGACCGUUAUAUCGAAUUUCCAGUUUCGGUCGCUGCCUGAAAUACCUCGACAAGACGCCGUUUCUGACGCUGGAGGAGAAAGUGGACCUGUAUUACUCGCUGGACGUUCCGGUGCACAAAUCGCUGCGAACCGCCUUCGUCGACCUUUUCGAAGUGAAAUACAACGAAGAGUGGGUGAUCACCGGCAGCACGGUGCUCGACCACUGGGACUACGUGCAUCCGGACAGCGAUCGAGAGGACCACUCCGUUUCUCCGAUGCCUUCCGUCUUUUUGCGCGGCGGUAGUUCGAAAUCAAAGACCGGAGAGUUCAGGUAUCGAUUUUCGCGAGUAGUGAACGUCUCAAUUUUAGAAUUCCCGUAAACUAUCAGUAGAAUGCCGCCAACCACAUUUUUCCCAAUUCCAGAGGCCUAAGACGAUUCACGGAAAAAGAGGACGGAGUAAUGUGGCAGUUCGUGUUGGAUUGUGUGAAUCGCAAAGCGGCGCACCUCUUCAAAAGCUACCAUUCGUGGCGUGGAUUCCGAAAAGCGCAUCUGGAUAUCAAAGAGAUUCCCGAUCGUACCUCGGACGUUUUUAGGACUAGGUCCGUUGAAAAGUUUUCAGAAAACAACAAAAAACGUUUGUUUUUAAGAUUCGAGAAAAUACUGAUUCCAAAUCUGCAUCGAAUGCCGUUCGAUCCGGAGACCAAAGCCGCCAUUUAUCAGGAUUUAGGUCUUCAGGUUCCAGAAGAGUUCCGCGCGACGUUUGUGUUCUUUUCAUUGUGUUCUUUACUGAAACUUUUUCAGACUGACACAAGAAGCCGGUGUAUCAUUGUCGGAAGACGGCGCAGUGAUCGCAAACCCGAACCGCCCGGAUUUCCUUGUUCUCCAGUCGAAACCCAUCGAAAGUGCGAUCGGAUUGACGUCGGCGGCGCGAAAUUCCACUCUGAAACAGCCGCAUUUCGGCCACACCGACUCGGUUCCGUACACGGACGACGAGAAUCAAGCGAUUUGGGAGUAUUUGCUGGAGAGACAUUGCGACGAGCGCGGACGGCCGAUCAGAUAUGUGGGCAAGACGAACGGCUACAAGUUGUGGAAGCACUACGUGAGAGAUGUGCAGACCGAGAGGAGUUGGCAGAGCUUGUCGCGGCAGUGAGUGGAAAUUGAGGAAAACUUGUAGAGAAUUGGCAAUUUCUAGCUUUGCGGAGUCCCUCACCAAGAACAUCAUGUCGACUGACUUUGACAUCGUCACCAAACUUCGGCUCUACUUCAUUUUCAAUGUGCCCGUCGACGCGGAAGCGCUGAAGUGGUUUGUUCUAGGAGCGUAGCCACACAAAAAAAAAGCAAAUUUUUUGCGUUUCUCAACGCAUGCUUGUUUUUGGCUCAAAAUGUGCGAAAAGCCAAGAAAAGGGCUAAAAUCAGUUGUUUCCAAUCUUUCAUCACAAAAAGCCUCUUCAGCUUCGACACGAUCUGCUCGAUUCUGAGCCGCAAUAGCGAGGGAUGCAUUCGGUACGCGAUCGGACUCACUUUUGAGUUUGGCAAUAAGAAUCUGGCGUCCUGCUCGGCGGUGGGACACACGGCUUCGGAAGAUACGGACGAAGAGAAGAAUGCGACGGAGCACGGAGAAGUUGUCGUCAAAAACAGUGUCGACCAUCCGUACAUGUGAGUGAGGGAAUGGCAUAGGAGUUGGAGAGCGAGAAAAGUUCAUGUGAAGUCAUGUGAAUAGUUUUAAAGAUGGAGAAGUGCUAGAUUUCUAAGCUAGACAAGUAAUCGUCUAGAAUUCUCCUAGAAAAAAGUUAGGCCAUAGACAGAACAAAUAAUUUGGAUUGCUUUUAGAAGAUGGCCGCCGAGCAACAACUGGAAGGCCAAUCGAUCGGACCGAGGGAAAUCGUCGUCGUUGGAGACGAAUUCGGACUCGGCGUAAGCUGGUUUAUCCCUUUUUCCCACCCAAACACAGAUUUUUAGACCGCCUGCCAAGAUGGGACGAUUCGAGAGAUCUAGCGAAGAGCCAUCCGACGUUCAGCAUUACGAUUUCAGCAGGGAAAUGAGUCUCGGAGAUGUGAAACAAGAGGAGCCAGAAGUGGAGCUCAUUCAGCCGAAAUUGGAGAAGGGGCAGCCAUCCGACAGCCUCGAGGCUCGCAUCGCCGAGAUUCUGCAGAACAGUUCGAAGGAGGUGGAUUCGGGCGAACCGGCGAAGAGGCAGACGAAGCCCAGGGAGUAUACGGCACGAUCGAGGAAGUACUGGUUCCCGAGACCCGCGAAACAGCCGGAACCGAUUGAUUCUGGCGAUAUGUUCAAAAUGAUUCAGAAAACGUUUGGAGAGGAGCAGAAAAGCGCCUGGGCGACCGAGACUUUGAUGGGCGGUUCGAAGCGAAUACUCAAAGAGGAUUCUGCUCAAAAGUUGCGUCUCGUCAAAAAACCAACAGAAUCGUCGAGCUCUCCGGAGCCAUCCACGUCCGCCGCGGUCCCAGUUCGAUAUGUGGUCCCGACGCCGGCGGUGCAGAGACCAUUGGAUAUUGUGUUCGAUCAGAUGGAGAUCCACAUAAAAGAGUUUUGCCGCAAACUCAGAGAGGCCAGCCUGACGAUGACGGCCGCGCAGAGGGUCCACUAUGCGAAUCGAGCCACGGUAAGCGAAUUUGGUCUUUUUUUUCGACCAUUUUCUUGCCCGAUACCGUAUUUUCCAUUCUGGCCGUGUAAAAACCCUUUUUUUUUCAGAGCAUGCUCCGAACCUUCCGAAUAUGCACCCGAGACGUGCUGAACCCGGGCGGCGCUUCGAUCGUCCUCGAUCUCGACGAUUCUCGACCACCGCCAUUCAUCCGACGAACUUGA